AUGGAUAGCAAGGGAUUUAAUAAAGUGCAACCUGUUGUGAGGAAAGGGAAAAAGAAGCAGGUGAAGGAUGAGGUUGAUCGAAUGAAACAGGCUGAGAAGAAAAAGAGGCGCUUAGAGAAAGCCCUUGCUACUUCUGCAGCCAUCAUUUCUGAACUAGAGAAGAAGAAACAGAAAAAGAAAGAAGAACAACAAAGGCUUGAUGAAGAGGGUGCUGCAAUUGCUGAGGCUGUUGCUUUGCACGUCUUACUUGGUGAAGACUCAGAUGAUUCAUGUAAGAUUGUUCUGAAAAAAAAUGAAGGGUUCAACCCUUGGGAUAUUCCUGAUAACAUUGACCUAUUUGUGAGUGGUAAGAGGUCAGGCUUUCCUUAUCAGGACUCUGACAAGCACCCGCUUGAAGGGAUUGGGUGGGUUUCUAAUCCGUAUAUGUCUGAAUGUAAGUGGGGUGGCUUGGAGAGGGGUGAGUGGUCAUUCUCAUCUGGACCUUUUGCAAGGGAUUUUCCUGCCCCAUAUUUUGAGGAAGCAGGUUGGGGAACUACGGGAUUCUCAGCUGGUCUUAUUGCAGCCCAGGCUGUUUCAUCCCUCCAGAUUGCAGAGGAUGCUCACGAAGACACGAUUGUCCUGAAUGGAAUGUUAAGGGGAUAG